UCCUUCUCCCUCUGGAACCAAUAACCGGAGCUGCUCAGCAGCAUCUCCUUUCCUCACCUUCUCCCUCUGGAACCAAAGGAUUUCCGGCUACGCGCACGGCACACCAUGGCACACAUUUAUAGGUCCACCGUCAUAUGGAAACUUCAAAUGCGUGAGCUGAUUUUGUUUGGUCUGGGAGGUAUUGGAAACAAGAUUGAUUCUAUGUCAGAUCUUAUGUUGGAUAUUCGUCGUGCUUUAUCUACGAUUGAUGAGGAGGAACGGAUCUGGAUACUGCGUGAGAUGGAGAGAUCAUGUUCGGGAAUAUUGAUGGCGAUUGGCGUUAAUCCAGAUAGUUGUGCAUCUUGGCAUAGAGUAGUCGAUGUGUUAGAUAUGAGAUAUAUGCUGUCAUCAAAUGUUCUACAUUUGCCAUCAUCGUAUAUUUCGUUGAUGUCAUCAUUUUAUGCUGCACAUCACUAUCUUUUGAUCCACCAAUGGCAGGACUUUCUUCUUCCUACAUGUUUCAGAUGAUAUCAUCGGAUCUCAAUUGGUCAUAUAAGUAUGACAUUUUCUUUCCAGACCCAUCCUUAUAUUUAGAUGAGGAGAUUGAGGGGGUUAGUCAGUGUAUAGAUAUUUUGACAGCAUCAGUUAUUCCUGAGCAGCAUGACUAACAGACGUCUACUGAUAUGAGAGAGGAGUUAUUACAGUAGAUACAAGAAUAGGAGCGGUUGUUGAGGACUUUCAUGAGAAGGUUCAAGCGAUCAUGGCCACUACGAUGUUUUUAUGGGAUUUAAUAUUUUUUAGAUUUGUAUUUAGUAUUUUUGAGAUUUUUAUUAUAUUAUUUUUUAUAUAUUUGAUAUUUUUAUUUUAUUUUAUAUUAUUAAUUAUUAUUUUUAUCAAAGAUUAGUUUAAUUUCAAGUGAUCGGAUGUUAUGUUUUAUAGACAUGCAUAUACGUAGUCUCAUGUGUUAGAUUAUCAGAGAAAAAGUUAUGCUAAAAGGGUCAUAAAAAUUAUAAUAUAAAUAAUAAUAAUAUAUCGAGUAAUUUAAUUACAUCUCUUGAAAUAGUCAAAAAUAAGUUAAAUCAGAUAAAUCAAUUAUUUAUGAAGGAGUAUUGCGAUAGAAUGGCAUCUGAUAUUCAUAUGUUUUUCUGCAUAUGUAUGCUUGCUUUCGUUUGCUCUCUCGUCAUCUUCUUUCAUUGAGGGUAUGAUACAGUUUUACAUGUGUAUUUCGGAGCAGAUGAUGAGAGCUUAUUUCGAUGAAGACUUGAAACUUGACAAUCGGAUGAUGAAAGACUACGGUGAUUUCGAUGAAAAGAGCAUUCUGAAUCAUGGUGAAGAUGAGGAUUUCAAGUUGAUAAGGGAUGAUGGAAUGAUUGUGACGGACCCAAAUCUACUAGGGCUAUAGUUGAAUGCAUUGCAUUCUGUACUGGUCCGAAUCGAUCGGUACAUCCCAUAUCGUAUCGUAUCGGUGGGGAAUCGGUACGGUUCAGAUCGAUUUUUUGGCAAAUGAGAUGAAUCGAACCGUACCGGUACGGUAUGGUACGGGCACGAAUCACUAUGUAUGAUGCGGUAUGGAUCGGUACAGAUCGGUACGACAUCUGUACUCAUCAGUAUGGAUCGUUACGACGUCGGUACGGAUUGAUUUUCUAUUUUUUUGGCCAUUGUAUGGAUUUUUUUAAUUUUUAUCCUUUGAUAUCGUAUAUCGUAUCGGCUGGCAAACGGUAUGGUGUGUGGUACCAAUAUUGCAAACCUUGGCUGGAUGGAUUUUUCGGUAGAAAAUUGACACGGUUUGGAUCAAUUUUUUGAUAAAUGAUAUGAAUUAGAUCAUAUCGAUUUGGUACGAUAUGGUACGUGCACCAACUGUUCGAUAUGAUGUGAUUCGAUAUAGAUCGGUACAGCAUUGGUACGGAGUGGUAUAGAGAUAAUAUGGAUUAAUUUUUAUUUUUUUUUGAGCCAUUGGAUAGAUUUUUUUGAGAUUUUUUUGAAUGAAAGGAGGGUGUAAUCAAAAAAAUAUUAUUUGUUAUGAUGCCUUUGAAAGCAUCAUUUGAAAUGUCGUUUUUUGAAAACGUCAUUUGAAAUAGCGUUCAAAAAUGUCAUUAUAAAUAAUUUUUUUUUGACCUUUUGAUUUCA